GCGUCGGUUACCAUUUUCUGCAUGUAUUAUUUUAUGUAGGGGCUGCCGCUCCGCGGCAAAUGCGUACUUUAAAUCUCAGCAAUGUUUGGCCCAAGUUUUGGGCCCAAAUUGCAUUAAAUGGCAAGAACACACAACAUCAAUGCAUGGUGAACCACUACUUGACUUGUCCUAGGAAAAUCGAGGCUAGAUGCUGGCAUUACGAGUUGGGGAUCAGUGCUAAUGCGAAGUAAAAAAUUAGCAGCGACACAGGAAAACAUCAAUUUGCACUGAGCAAGUGUAUGGCAUUGGCAGGUGUACGGUGCACUACGUAAAACACCUGUACACUAUUAAGGGCCUAUGUAUUUUAUUUAGUGAAGAUUAGCAUGUACCGGUAUUUGACCAUCACUUCAUUUUAACACUACGAGUGAUACUGAUAGAAGCUGAAACGAUGCCUGAUCCAAAAGACGACUCCAGUGUUCGAGUGGCUCUGAGGGUCCGGCCCCAGUUAGCCAGGGAGCGCAUCGACAUGUGUCGCGUCUGCACCUCCGUGACCCCGGAUCAGUCCCAGGUCAUGCUGGGUCAAGACAGGGCAUUCACCUUCGACCAUGUCUUUGACAUGGAGAGCAUGCAACACCAGGUCUACAACUCGACAGUUCAUCCCUUGAUUGAAGGGUGUUUUGACGGCUAUAAUGCGACAGUCUUCGCCUACGGACAAACAGGCUCCGGUAAAACCUUCACGAUGGGGACAGGGUUCGAACCCGGGAUCAGUGAGGAACAGCAAGGGAUCGUACCCAGAGCUGUUCACCAUCUCUUCACCGGGAUUGACCAUCGUAGGACGGAGGCUCUGGAGAGAAGUGAACCACCGCCGGAAUUUAAGAUCCAUGCUCAGUUUAUGGAGUUGUACAAUGAGGAAAUCUUGGACUUGUUUGACUCAACAAGAGAUGUGGAAAGCAGCCGGAACAAGAAAUCACAUAUUAAAAUCCAUGAGGACGCACAAGGGGGAAUCUACGUUGUGGGUGUGACCACAAGAACAGUCGGCUCUGAACACGAGACGUUGCAGUGUUUGCAAGGUGGUGCUCUAUCUAGAACCACCGCUAGCACCAACAUGAACGCACAGAGCUCCAGAUCUCAUGCCAUCUUUACUUUACACAUCAAACAACAGAGAUUAGUCAAAGUGUCAAAUGAGGACAACGAAGAAGAACAACCCAAGUCCGGCGACGAUAACACCGGCAUGAAUGAGUUUGAGACGCUGACAGCCAAGUUUCACUUCGUGGACUUGGCUGGCUCGGAGAGGCUGAAGAGAACCGGUGCGACGGGGGACCGGGCAAAGGAAGGCAUCUCGAUCAACUGUGGACUGCUUGCGUUAGGUAAUGUUAUCAGUGCAUUGGGCGACCCAGCAAAGAAAUCCAGCCAUGUUCCAUACAGGGACUCCAAGCUGACCAGACUACUGCAAGACUCAUUGGGCGGCAACAGUCAAACCCUCAUGAUAGCCUGCGUGAGUCCCUCGGAUCGCGACUUCAUGGAGACACUGAACACGUUACGCUACGCAAACCGCGCCAAGAACAUCAAGAACGUUGUGGUGGCCAAUCAGGACAAGACAAGCCGGCAGCUGGCCGCACUCAGGAACGAGAUCAGGGAACUACAGGAAGAACUUGUGGAAUACAAACAGGGUAAACGGCAAAUCAACUCAGAAGGCGUCGAAGAAAUCAACGACCUCUUUCAUGAAAACACGAUGCUCCAGACAGAAAUUGAAAACCUACGCCAGCGAGUCAAAGCCAUGCAGGAGACCAUUGAUUCGCAAACGUCGAGGAUCUCGGUGCUAGUCGCUGAGCAGGCUCGGGCGAGGCUCAGCAGCAUGGUGGGGACCGGGGAAGGGGGUGGGGGAGGCGAGGAGAUGAUGUCAAUGGUGGAGGGAUACGUCAAGGAGAUUGAGGAUUUGAGAGCUAAACUAGUGGAGAGUGAGUCGCUGAAUGCCGUCCUACGUCGGAAGAACGUCCACGAGUCCCCAGUCCGAAUGCCGUUAAGAUCACCAAUGAGCCCAAGUCACAUACCGCUGACUUCUAGCAGUGCGGACUUCAGUAGCAGACAGCGACAUUACUCAGGUGAACGCAUCGAGGCAGAAAUUCCAGAGAACAGUCGAGUGGCGUCCAUCCUGGCUGAAGCCAGGAAGCAGGUUGUGCAUGACCAGGAGAAGUUACGCCUGGUGGAAGCCUCCAAGGAGGCCUCCAAGGAAACGCGGAGCAAAUCUAGAUUACACAGCCACUCUGACAGAGAAAACGAAUCAGCAGAUGAGAAAGAGGAUGCAGCAGAGAAAGAAGACGGAACGACUGAGAAGCUGGAGAGAGAUGAAGAUGUUGACGAGGACGGUGGAGAGGAAGACGGUGAUGAGGAUGAUGAUGAGUUAGAUGAAGAUGACAAGGAAAGUAGCGAUAGUGAUUCAGAAGAUGAAGAUGAAACAGCACAAUCCCAGCUUCAAGGGGAUCUCGCGGACCUCGCCUGCGAGAUCAACAUCAAACAACGUCUGAUUGAAGAACUGGAGACAAGCCAGCGCCGACUGCACACCCUGAAGGCGCAGUACGAGGAGAAAAUGAUGACGCUACAAGACAAGAUACGAGGGACGGAAAUGGAGAGAGACAAGAUACUGGCAAAUAUGGGCUCUCUGACUGAAACAAGAACACAAGAGAAAGCCGAGAAGAUCCGCAAGGAGUUUGAGAUCAAACUCAAGAAGCUGACGAGCGAGAAGGAACGAAUGCAGAAGGCCUCCAAGGAGCACUCCAAACUACUGAAGAACAAGUCGCAGUUCGAGCGUCAGAUGAAGACGCUGACCUCUGACCUUAGUAAAAUGAAGGAGACAAAGGUCAAACUGAUGAAACAGAUCCGUGAGGAGCAGCAGAGAUCCAGACAAAAAGACGUCGCCAGUAGCCGAGCCAUCCAGAAAUUGAAGAAAGAAUCGCUCAAGCAUGAAACCAGAAUCAAGUCCCUGGAAGCUGAGGCUAAGCAAAAGGAAAUAGUCCUCAAGAGAAGACAGGAAGAGGUUAAUCAUCUUCGCAAGCAGUCCAAGCCCAUGUCUGACAAAGUAGCCGGGCGCGUCACAAGUCGUCGCAUCCAUUCCCAGCAACACCAAGAUGCCAAAACUAACGGACCGGCAACUUCGCUGCAGGCCGUCACGGCCGCAAGGCGAAAACAUCCGCUGAGCGCCGCGACGCAGAAGAGACGGCACGAGCGGAAAGGCACCAGUGAAUAUUCCUCCAAGGCUGCAAAGCAGAAAUGGAUGCAGAUUGACAGAAGGGUGACAGACAUAGUGAACCGACGCCAGACAAUAACCCACAUGGAGCGCGACAUGGAACGCUACCUUCACCACCGACAGAGACUCAGCAAGAAACGGGAAAAGACCUUCCGCCGACGAGACGAGGCCAUCCGAGCCGGAAAGGAUGCCGCAACGAUCACAGAGCUGAACGACCAGAUAGACGGAAUGAACGCCAAUAUUGAAUAUGUGCAGGAACAGAUUACGGAGUGCCAGGCUAAUAUCAUGGAAGUCAUGGAAGGAAAGGAUGAGGUGGAUGCUGGUGAUGCCGCUGCCGUCAUUGACACUUGCUGCUUGCAGGAGGCUAAGUACAUGCUGGAACACUUCCUCCAACUGACUAUCAAUAAGGGCCAGCAUGCCUCUCAGAAGGAAUCCCAAGUCAAGGAGUUGGAAGCCAAACUUCACCAGGAGGAGCAGAAUAGCUUCCUACAGCAGCAGUUGCUGCAGCAUGUUCUGUCAGGUCAGGACCUGGACGUGGAGUUUGACGGCCUGUAUAUGCACCCAGAGCCGGAGAGCAGCAGUAGUGCCGAGAGCUCAAGGGCGCCCUCCCCUGUCGAAUCCAGUGCUAGUACCCAGAAUGCAUUGCUGAAUCAUGCUAACCCUGCUUCGUUACCUACUUUUGAUUAUCACCAACUACCCACAAUGCCUGCUUCUCAAAUUCCGGUUCGGACAACAAGGGAUAAGGCGCGACGUCGCACAGCUACACCCGAGGAGCUCCUGUACGCAGGCCCCAAGGAUCCUGUCACUGCUGAUGCGACUAUCCUCCUCCCAUUGAUGGAAUCUAAUGAACCAUCGGGGGAUGACUCUAGUCUGUCGGAUACCGGUACCGUCAUCAUACCACCGCCGAGAUUGACUGCAGCCAGAAGAGAAAGAGACAUGCUAUCAAGGCCAGGCCAGCGUAUCGAGUCUCCAUCCUUGCGAAGGAAGCUACAUACCAUCCUACAUCAACCUCAACCAGUUACAUACUCCACUCCGGCUAGCUCGGUUGAGCACACCCCGGAUCCCUCCCCGCCCAGCUCCCCUCCUCCCACAAAAGGCCGAAGUGAUAACGUCUUCUCACGACUCACGCAGAGUAACUCACCUGCUGCAGCUCGCAAUGGAAGAGGAAUAAUCAAUCCAGUUGCAGCCAAACCACAAGGCAAGGCUCCGUUGGUCUGUACAUACACUGCUGAAGGGCACACCAAAGCUGUGCUGUCCGUACAAGCUACAAACGACCUCCUAUUCAGUGGAUCAAAAGAUCGAACAGUGAAGAUUUGGAAGCUAGAGACUGGCCAAGAACUGUCCACCCUGUCUGGACAUCCCAACAAUGUUGGUACCGUCCGAUAUAGCGAGGAAAGAGGCUUGGUGUUCAGUGUGUCGACGGCAUACAUACGCGUGUGGGAUAUCAGGGAACCUAGCAAAUGUAUUAAAACAUUAAGCUCCUCAGGACAUGUCUUAGACAGUGCAGCUGGUAGCAGUUCAUCACGCACCGUUGCCAUGCCAGCAGGCGAGACACAAAUCAAUGAUAUCGCUGUCAACAAAACCGGCACCAGACUAUACGCUGCAGCAGGGAACAUCAUCAGAGUCUGGUCACUGACCAAUUUUCAGUCCAUCUGCAAACUCUUUGGCGGACCCUCGGCGGCCAUUAUGUGCGUUGCCGUGGAUACCCAGGAGGACUGUGAUUAUGUGUUUGCAGGAUCCAAAGAUCACUACAUCAAGGUGUUUGAGGUUCCAAGUGCUGCCACGGGUUGUUUAACGGCCAAGCAUAACCUGGACCCACCUCACUAUGACGGUAUUCAGUCUAUUGCCAUCAGUAAACAGCUGCUGUUCAGUGGAUCACGCGAUGCAUGCAUAAAGAAAUGGGACCUGGAGAAAAAACAGCAAGUCAAGACUAUCAACAGUGCCCACAAGGACUGGAUCUGUGCACUAGAUUUCUUGCCAGGACGUGACAUUCUACUCAGCGGCUGCCGCGGAGGCUACCUCAAGCUGUGGCACAUAUGGGAUUGCUCGCUUAUUGGAGAAAUGAAAGCACACACGAGUCCCAUUAAUUCCAUAGCAACCAACGAAACGCACAUAUUCACAGCUUCCAGCGAUCGCACUGUCAGUGUGUGGAAGCCCCAAGGUACGCCAGAGAUUCCCGCCAAGGAGAACGGACUCGACAGCUAACAGUGCAACUAUGAACACCUGAGCUAGUCUUCCGCAGUUGGAAUACCCAUCUGGACCUAGUUUAUAGACAACACAAGUUUGGGCUCCGUGCGCGAACAAGAGAGGGCACUUUUUGACCAUUCGCGAGAGGCCUGUGAACAGGACACCACAUGCGCGUACGUAUACGCGCGUGCAUAGUGCGAAGUACGCACCACUGAUUCGAUUCUGAAUGUAUUGUUGAUGUACCCUAACGUGGCGCGGCCCCUAACGUGGCGCACUUUGAUUUUUCACCUGUAGCGCCU